AUCGUCUUUCCGACUCCCAUACGCCGAUAAUCGACGCUUCGUCGUACGUCUCGUUCUGUCCGUUCAACCAUUUUUGCCUUCUCAUUGUUUUCACGCUUUGCCGCUUUUCUUGUUAUUUAUAAUUUUUGUCAGUUCGAACAAAACAAUGGGCGUCGAUGUUACAUUCUUAGCCGAAGGAGACGGUAAGUCUAUGUUGUUUUGAAUAUUCAGACCGGCCGUGAAUGCCGGGUCUAUGUACUUAUAAUGACGUGAUUAUUAUUGUAGAGGUUAACUUCGGAUGUGUCGCGAUGGCUGCGUUCCUCUGUUGUUUUUAAUGAACACAUUAGUAAUAUACAAUUCAAUUAUAUUUUGCAGGUUCAACAUUCCCGAAGAAAGGCCAAACCGUCACCGUGCAUUACACAGGUAAGUAAUACCAAAUUUAAUAUCCAUUAUUAGUGAUAGCAUAAAAAACACGGUUAACUUAAUAUCGAGGAUUAUCGUUUUCCUGCUAAUUUCUAUUUACUUUCUAUAAAUUGUAUAAUGCCAUUAAAUAAAAAAAUUGUUUCACUAUUAAUACAUAUUAUAACACUUAUUUUUUUAAUAAUGUUCAGACAUUAUAUUUUUAAAUUAUAAAAAAUAUAUUAUACCUAAGUUUGGAUUAUAAUUUCUAAAAACCAGGGACCAACUGUCUGUUUACCAUUUACUUGAUACAUUUAAACUGUGGUAUUAAAUUUGAUAGAUAGCCUACUGAUGAAUUAUGUAACUCAUCAAAAUGGCUGAGCAAUUGUUUUAGAUACAUUAGACCAUAGAUUUUUUUAUUAAUAUAAUACUAUUAUUCAAUACUGAGGAAUGUCAAUUUAUUGUUUAAUGUAUUGAAUGUUCUCAUUAAGCUAGUCAAAUCAUAGAAUUCAUCUAUUGUUUACAGUUAACAUUUUAAAUGUAUUCAGUUUUAUUUGUACUAAAUCCAUAUUAAAUGGUGUUUAAUAUAUUGUAUAUAUCAAUAUGAGUAUUUGAUAGAAAUUUGCCUGUCAUAAAAAAUGUAACUAAGUUCUUGAAAUGUAAGAUAACAUUUUAUUUUAUGAUAGUGUAAUCUUAAUUGUUUGGAUUGGAAUUUAUGUAUAUUAUUCAUAAAUAUGUAUGUUACAGUGAAUGUUCUUAAAUCGGUUAAUGUCGUUAUAAUUACACAUUAGCCCAUUUUGUGCUAUUGGUUUUAAUCUUAAAGUGUAUUGGCUUAUUAACUUACUUAAGGGUAAACAUAUUAUUUGUGUUUUUACAUAAGUUUUUUCUUGAUAUUUUAAUUUUUAAUUGCAAUAUUUCACAUGUUUGUAACUCACUUAAAAAUUAAAACAUCGAGAAAAAACUGACGUACAAAAACCUACAAUGUUCUUACCUUAAAACCAACAGCACAAAAUCGGUUUUUAUAUCUAAAAAGUAUAAAUAUAAUGACAUUAACUGUAACAUAUAUAAUUAAUAAUAAUAUAUGUAUUACUUCUAUCAUUCAAAUAUUUACACAUUAAACAAAUAUUAUAUAUAUUUAUAGGUACAUUGGUUGGUGGCAAGAAAUUUGACUCGUCUCGUGACCGUAAUAAGCCCUUUAAGUUCAAGAUUGGAAAAGGAGAAGUUAUCAAAGGCUGGGAUGAAGGAGUUGCCCAGGUAAGAAUACAAUAGUAAUAUAUUUGCCCAUGAUGGAUUUCACUAACAUUGAAAUAUAUUAAUAUAUUCAAUAUUUACAUAAAAUUUAAUUUUCUAUUUGUUUUAUUUCUCUAGAUGAGUGUUGGCUCUCGUGCUAAACUGACAUGUACACCCGACUAUGCAUAUGGCGCUUUGGGACAUCCUGGUGUCAUUCCACCAAAUUCUACUUUAAUUUUUGAUGUUGAACUCAUCAAAUGUGAAUAAAAACUUGCACAAUAUAUUGCUAUUAUAUUACUAAUUAUAUACUUAAAAAGAAAAUGCACCUUCAAGACUGAACAAUUUUCUCCCAUUAAACAAUUUUAUUGGUAUAUAGUGAAUACUAUUGCAAACUAUUGAUUAAAAAAAGAAAGUAAUUUUAACAGACAAACUAAAUUGCCAAAUUAUUUGAUAAAUGAUAGAUAUUAAGCAUACGAAUACAAAUAAUCAACUACUUUAUAAUAGAUUUAAUAAAAUACAACAAAGUUUAUAUACAUUUGUUUUUGUUUUUUGAUAUCUCUUUUGUCACCAUAUAAAUUUAUUAAAGGACAUACAAUUUUGAAUUUUAGAUUCAGAGCAUAGCGAAAAAAGUGUAGUUUCUUUUCUGAAAGUUAAUUUUAUCUGGCUGGUAUUUCAGGGAAGCAAUUUUUGAUUUUCCAAGUAGUUAUAACAAUAGGAAAAUGUAUGUAUAUGUAUAAUAGAGAUUGCUCCAAAUCGUUUUUCGUUAGCAAUGGUUUAGCGUUGUGUACAAUUAUAAAUUAUAUUUUCCUAACUUUUCACCUACAACAGUGCUCAUCACCCAUGGUGAUUUACUACAUUAUAAAGAAAUUGAAUGCAUACUUUGGAUGUUUUAAAUUGGUACAACUAUUUUUGUUUUAAUAAUUGUAAAUAUCUGAGUAUAGUUGAGGAUGUUUGUUAUUAAUUCAUAUUACAAACGAAAAAUCAGUAAUUCAGUGCAAUAAGUUCUUUAUAAAAUUCAACAU